UAUGUUCAAUGAGUAACAAAGAUAGAACGACACUUGUGUCGACUUGUGUCAUUAAAUGGAAAGCACCCUAUAUAGAUUGGAUAUUAUCAUGUUUUUAUUACAUUUUGAUUUUUGUACACGUGUACAUGUAAAUUCGUCAGUUAAAUAAAUAUUUUAAUAAUCUGUAACGAAAUUAAUAACAGAUUCAAGAGAGUGUUAUAUCUAUUUUAUUCCUUGUAAAUUGAAUAUACUUUCUCCGAGUUUAAAAUAUAUUCAAAUUAUUUGUACUUUAUCUGAUCUCUAUUAUUUAAAUAUUAAAAUAAAACAGAAUAAAAUAUAUACUCAUUCCAUAAAAGCAUUUUAUAAAAUAACAUUGAGCUAUGAAUGUAUGUGAAGAACAUCUUAACAUAACAAUAGAUGACAAUGAGAUUAUUGUUGGUGCCAAAGAUAUAAUAAAGAGCAUUAGACCAUCUUGGCCUUUGCAACACCUGCAUUUCAAGGUAUUUACCGAUGGAAGAACAAAUAAGUUAAUAGGAGUAUGGUACUCGGGGCAUUAUAAAGAUAUGGUUCUGAUUAGAAUUUAUGGCAACAAUUCAGAUUUAUUGAUUGACCGAAAAAGUGAAAUAAAAAAUAUUCGGAUAUUAAACAAGGCUGGAUACACUCAUUGCAUUUAUGCUACAUUUAACAAUGGGUUUGCCUAUGAAUUCUUAGAAGGUGAAACUUUAACCAGUGAAACAGUAAGGAAUCCGAAAGUAUACCCAUUAAUUGCGAAACGUAUGGCUGAAAUGCACAAUCUUGAAUUUGAAAACGAGUCUGUACCAAAAGAAGCUUUUAUUUGGGAAAAAACAAAGAAAUUUAUGGAAAUUAUGCCUAAAAAUUUCUCCAAUUCCCUCAAGCAAACAAAGUUUAAAAUGUUGAUACCAUCUUAUGCGAUAUUGGAGAAAGAAUAUCAGAUAUUGAAAAGUACGCUUUCCCAUGUGAACAGUCCAGUAGUGUUCGCUCACAAUGAUCUUUUACUAGGAAAUAUAUUAUACAAUCAAAGACAAUUAAGCGUCGUUUUUAUCGAUUAUGAAUACACUGCGUUCAACUAUCAAGCAUUUGAUAUAAUUAAUCACUUUACAGAAUUCGCUGGUUUUGAUGAGCCAGAUUAUUCUUUGUAUCCAGAUGAAAAUUUCCAAAAAAUGUGGUUGAGAGAAUAUUUGCAAGUGUACAACGCAACAACUAACGUGUCUGAAAAAGAUGUUGAUAAAUUAUAUUGGCAAAUUACUAAAUUUACUCCCUUGCCGCACUUUUUUUGGGGCUGUUGGGCCCUUAUUCAGAGCGAACAUUCACAUAUUGGUUUUGAUUUUUUGGCAUAUGCUGCAAUACGUUUCAACGAAUAUUUUCGAUGGAAAGAAAAAAUCUCUAAGCUGAAAACAGAAUAUGACAAAUGAGACAAUGACAUUAAAAUUUAAACAAUUCAAAUAGAUAAUAUGGCAUUUUUUGAAAUGUUCAUUCCUGUUGAAAUAUUUUUGUCUUGAAUGUAUAUGUUGACUAUUGUAUUAUAUGUAUAUGUGUACAUAUUCUAUUGACACAUGGUAAUUUGUAUAUGAUGUAUUUACAUAUAUGUGUCUGAUUAAUAAUUGUGGUCCAUUAUGACCAGUACUUUAUUGGUGCUAGUCUAGUAGUGUGCAAUAUAUAUAUAUACACAAAUGUAUCUUAAUGAUUAUAUUCAUGAAUGAAUUAAAAUGAGCACGAGAAAA